CUCCCCAGCAGCUAGGAAAAAAACAUCAAAUCUGAUAUCCACGUUUGCCGUGUUAUCUAUAUGGGCAUUUUCCCAAAGGCAAGAUGAUGUUAUACUCGACUACUGCUGUGUAACCAGAGGAAGGCCAAUAUUGGAGUACAUAUGCAGUCAUUACCAUACAUGUAUACAUAUGUAUAUGCAUCUGUUACCCCAUCACUAUAUACACCAUGUGCAUAGCUCUGGGCGUCACGUAAUCGCUCUUCCCAACCACCCUAAGACACGCAAGGUUCCCCGUAGGCGCUGCUAUUCAACUCGAUGCUCUCCAUUCUUUUCUUUCUUUGACCCAGGACAGGCUGCGAAUAGCACCUUGGAUAUGUAGUGUACGUGUGUUGGUCGAUGAAAGAGGGCGUGCAGGGUGCCGUAUCUGCCACCACCUUCCGGCCCACAACGUUUCAUCGCCAGUGCAACAGACAAUACGCUAAACCCUUUCGGUGCCCUCCACCCACCCGCGAACCAUGGUUCCCUGCGCCGUGUCCGCCUCACAAGCCAACUAUCAGCUUGCCGUCGCAUGCCAUGUUGAAACCUUUCCCUUCAAACGCCCCUCCCAAAGGUAUAUUCCCAUUUUGACUCUCCAAAAACAAAAAAGAAGUUCCUACCCAAACGCCGCUCCUGAAAAUGCUCCAUCCCAAAUCCCUUCA